AGGUGUAGAACCCUAGACACUGUUAUUGUGUACACUACGUAGGCUGCGUCUGAAGGGAACAGGCUGUUAUUUGUAUUUACACCUAAAGUGAGACUCACCUCGAGAUAACGUUUAUUAAUGCGUGCACAUUUCACAUGAAGGUAACUUCGUGCUUAAAGCCACGUUAUUACAUCUGUUUAUGGUUCAGAGCGUGUUACUGAACGAUUCCUCUCUAUACUUUGGAGCCAUGGGCGUGUUGCGUGUGCUUUCACUCACCAUGGCAAGAAUCGGGACCUUCAGACCUCAUCAGCUUGCUCUGCUCCUUGCUGCAGCUUUGGCUGUGAUGGCUUUUUACUAUUUAGGUUCAGAAAAGCAGAACUUCUCCACCACCACCAAGCGAAUGAAGGAGACUCAGGCGAGUCACAACUCCAACCGCAACGACGCUGACCUGUCUGUGGACAUCAGGUCUUCAGGAAGAAGACAGAGUUACCAUGCUCUCAUGAUGUUCACCAAGGUUAACACGAGUCGGACGAUGCAGAGCAAGUUUGAGGUGGCCAUGCGCUCCAUGGCGAGACAUGGCCGUUUCCGGGAGGAUGAAACACUGGUUCUCCAUCAUGUCUGUGAUGGAGGCAGUAAGGAUCUGGCCAUGAAGAUGCUUCCUGAGCUGCUGCGUGAGGCCACCUUUCAGUAUGAGGUGGUGUUUCACGAUGUUAACGGUCUGACGGAGAAACUGUUCCCUAUUGUGGAGGCCAUGCAGAAGCACUUCAGCGCAGGCUCCGGGGCGUAUUACAGUGACGCCAUCUUCUUUCUUUCUGUGGCCAUGCAUCGCAUUAUGCCUACAGAGAUGAAGCGAAUCGUGCAGCUGGACCUGGAUCUCAAGUACAGGACGAACGUUCGAGACCUGUUCCAGCAGUUCCGGCACUUUCCUCCAGAAGCAGUGAUUGGGAUCGUCAGAGAGAUGCAGCCAGUAUACAGACACACCUUCUGGCAGUAUCGCAAGGAAAACCCCAAAUCCCGCGUGGGCGAUCCUCCUCCUGACGGCCUGCCCGGCUUCAACAGCGGUGUGAUGCUGCUGAAUCUGGAGACCAUGCGGCGCUCGGCGCUCUACAACCGCCUGCUCGAGCCUGAACGCGUUGCCCACCUCACCGAGAAAUAUCACUUCCGCGGCCACCUGGGCGACCAGGACUUCUUCACCAUGAUAGGCAUGGAGCAUCCGGAGCUCUUCCACCACCUCGACUGUGGCUGGAACCGACAGCUGUGCACCUGGUGGAGGGACCACGGCUACGGAGACAUUUUUCAGCUAUACUUCCGCUGCGAAGGACCCGUGCACAUUUACCACGGAAACUGCAACACUCCAAUACCAGAUGACUGAGUGCUCCAGGGAGCGUCGAACCGUCUGAGGGAAUUCUGCUCUGCUGCGUACACGGUUCUGUGGUGUUCAGUAGAAUGCGAACACGCGCUCAAGCUUUAAACAGAGAAUUUUGUUAUUCACUAAGAUAAAUGGUUUCACACGGACCAGUUGGUUAGCCAAAUGAAUCAUGUGACCAGACGCUACUAUUUUAUGUACAUUGCUUGCAGCCAGAUUGCUGUGUCCCCUGCAUUCCAGCAUAAACAGUGUAACGUCACUUUAAAUCUAAACCCGCUGCGGCGUCUAAUGAAGCUUCGGUUAUUUAUAAUGCCAGGGCGAGGAGCGAUCGGUUCUCUUCGUGUUCUGCUCCAGGAAGAUGCAAGUGGAGGUCCUGAACCGUGGCAUAGCACACUGACUUCUCCAUCCACUGCCAGCACUCACAAUAUCUCUUCACGUUACCGGCACCGAGAGCCAGGUUUUGCAUUUCAGUCCUGACCGCAAUAUAAUAGCACCCCAGCAGCUGCUUUAGAGCAGAGCAGCAACCCCACCGCAGUUAUGGUGUUUCAAGGAAAGAUUCAUGACUGAAGUGCUAAAGCGUGUUGACCUGAUUUUCAUGCUGAGAUCCUGAUAGUCAGCUUCAAGCUUUCUUCUGCACCAUGCGAGUUCAUGCCUGCUUAUUAAAAAUGAGAAAGAAUCAGUUGUUUUUAAGACAUGGCAGAUUGGUGUAUGUCUAGUUGCCCAGAAAAAAACAUUGUUUCUUAGCUGCACCAGCAUGCCCCAUGGGUGGGUACUGGGAUUCCAGAUAUUCCAGCAAGAUUCUCUUCACCAUGCAGAACCAGGAACUGACAUGGUGGUUAGACGUACUUGGUUAGCGCGUUUUAAGCGAGUUCUGCAGACUGAUGUAAGGAUGUACAGUCUAAACAUUCAGCGUAAGGGACAAUAAACACAUCACUGUGUUUAUUUAAACCGUUCAGAUGCUUAGCGGGAUAUGAUGAAGGGAUUGCCAGGUGUCAGCAAAAUGUCCACUUUCUGCUACACUGAAAAUAAAAUACUGAAAAAGACCUGAAAGUGUGGCAAAACUUUGGGAAACAGACUUAACUGCCACCUUAUUUCAAAACCAUCACAAUUUACAUAAAUAAAUAAAUAAAUGUGAAACUCUUAAUCCUGUUGUGACUCUCAACGUGAUCUGUCUGAAUUCACACAGGUUUCGCUAACUUAUUUUUGCAUCAUCUGCGCUCCUCUGUGAGGCUCAUCUGCAGUUAGGAAACUUCCUGCUGAUUCCCUUAUUACCAGGAUUACAUCUGCCUGGAAGUGAGUGAGAGAGAGUGAGAGAGAGUGAGAGAGAGUGAGAGAGAGUGAGUGUGAGGUGUGUGUGUGUGUGUGUGUGUGUGUGUGUGUGAUGUGAUGUGUGUGUGAGUGUGAGAGAGAGUGUGUAUGUGUGCGAGUGUGUGAGUGUGUGUGUGAGAUAUCUAGCCAGUAUAAAGGCUAUUAUUUAACAGCUUACUUACUUUAUUAUGCAGGUUAGUGAACGUGUCUCAGCUACAUAUCAAAUCCAGAUCAUUAAUAAUUCGGUGCUUUACAAAAUAAAAGUUCAGGACUAAAUUUAUAGCCUCAAAUUAACAGAACAGGAGACCACUACAUUAAUAUAAAAUAAAUAAAUAAAUAAAUAAUACCUGUCUUUCACUGUUACAGCGUUCUGUGUUCGCCAUUUACUCAUUUCCUCUUUUCUGUUCUUGUUGUUUACUUGAUGUUUAUUGUAUUUUGAUUGUAAACCAGAUAUUAAAAUCUUCCUCUGUUA